UAGCGGUGCCGUUUGACACCCCGCUCGGCACGGGGUGCUCAGCAGCAGACCGGGUCCCCUCCAAUCAUCUCCUUUCACAUCUCCAGUCCAAAUCGUCAACACCACACUUUUCUCUCUCGAGAGAGAAACAUAUAUACUCACCCCAGUCUCUAUCAACAAUAUAUACUACUAACAUACACAUCUAUUUCUCCUUCUCUCUCGGAUGAGAUGGGGAGCAAGACCUCCGUAAUCAUCUACAUCACACUAGCCCUACUAUUCCUACUCCUCAUCUCCCACUCUCCCAAUAAACCCUCCUCCCACCGCCACCGCCGCCUCAAGCUCCGCUCCAACUUCUCCGCCGCCGACCAUCCCCAACGCCCUCCCCAUCACCACGACCCCGUCCCAUUCGACCCUCUAAUCGCCGACAUCGAGCGUCAGAUAGAGGACAAGCAAUGGGUGAAGGAGAAAUUCAUCAUGUCAAAUGAACGACUUGAAUCAGCAGCCCCCGGGGCCGAGUCUCAGCCCGAGUGGGAGGACUUCAUGAACGCCGAGGAUUACUUGAACGACGAGGAGAAGUUCAACGUGACCGAUCGAUUGGUUUUGCUCUUCCCGAAAAUCGAUGUGGACCCCACGGACGGGUACGCGACGGAGGGGGAAUUGUUGGAGUGGAUUUUGAAGAACUCGCAGAGGGAAGUGAUGCACAGGACUCAGAGGGAGAUGGAGAUUCAUGAUAAGAAUCGGGACGGCUUCGUCUCCUUCGCCGAGUACGAGCCCCCCGCUUGGGUUCAUAAAUCAGAUAAUACGUCACUUGGAUAUGAAAUGGGUUGGUGGAGGGAGGAACAUUUCAAUGCGUCAGAUGUAGAUGGAGAUGGCCUUCUUAAUAUAGCUGAGUUCAAUGACUUUCAUCAUCCGGUUGACAGCAAGAACCCAAAGCUACUUCAUUGGUUGUGCCAGGAGGAGAUAAGGGAAAGAGAUUCUGAUAAAGACAGGAAAGUCAAUUUCAAAGAAUUUUUUCAUGGGCUGUUUGACUUCGUAAGAAACUAUGACAAAGAACACCACAGUCCUUCACAUGAGUCUGAUGAUUCAGGGGAGGCCCCCGCUCAGAAGAUAUUUGCUGAGCUCGACAAAGAUGGCGAUGGGUACUUGUCAGAUGCAGAACUGCUACCAAUCAUUGAUAAACUUCAUCCAUCAGAGCGUUACUAUGCAAAGCAACAGGCAGAUUACAUCAUAUCACAGGCAGAUGCAGAUAAGGAUGGGCGUUUAACCUUGAAAGAAAUGAUUGAUAGCCCGUAUGUUUUCUAUAGUGCCAUAUUCAAUGAAGAUGAUGAAGACGACUACGAGUACCACGACGAGUUCCGUUAGUUUCAAAUUAGGUGACGAGUUCGCACUAACAGCGUGCAAAGACAUACUAGGAAACACAAUAGACCAAAUUUAUUUUCCAAAACACUUGUAUGUUAUAUAGUUUUAUUAGGUAUAAUUUGGGUGUCAUCGAAGACUUGGCCAGCCAUAGCAUCAUACCAGGUUGAGUUCUCUGUGGUUUUACUCCUCAUGUUCGUGGUCAUUCUUGAGAUUAAUAUCCUCUUGUUCUCAUUCUAUGCUCUCUACUCUUUGCAGAUCCCUGCUUUUCCAGAUUCACUUGGCAAUUCAUUUUGGAGAUUUCAGUUUGCAGGCACCGUUUUUUGUUCAACUGUUUUUAUAUUCAAAUUUUAUUGGCCAGAUGUCCAUCCUUAUUUUUCUUACAUCAGGGCAAGUGUACUAUAUGGGACUUCAGUUUCCCCUCUUUGUCCAGUGCCAUGGAGUUCAUGAUUGACAGCUAACUUGUUUUUCCAUUAAUUAUCAGCAUUGUUGAAACAA